CAAUGGGAGACAAGAUCCUGCCACAGUGAGAUUUGCGCGCCAAAAUACAAGCGCCAUGUUGAUCUCUCAGAGGCAGUGGUGACGCGGGACCUCUCUGAACAAUUUUUGGAUUAUCAGUGGUGUGAGCGAGAGACAGUGAGCCUAGAUGAGCAUGGUUCGCGCCUGAUAUGGGUGUGAAGCCUCCGAGAAGGGAAUAAUGUCUCAAAGCAGCAUACACAGCACCAGCAGCGGCACCACCACCACCACCACCAGCGCCACCAACACAUCCUCCAUGCUGGUGACGGAGGAGGACUGGUGUUCGGGGGAAGAAGGGAGUGAUGAGGAAUACGAGGAGAGCUCUUCCCUUGACGGCGAGGUGGGGGCUACGUGUGGAGGGCAGGGGAGACUCAAGAAACUGGUGAACAAGGGGCGCUGGAACAAGGAGGAGGAUGAGAAGCUGAAGAGCCUAGUGGAGCAACACGGGGAGAAAUGGGAGGUGAUCGCCGGGUGGUUCCUGGACAGAAGUGAUGUACAAUGUCAGCAGAGGUGGCACAAGGUGGUCAACCCGGAGCUGGUGAAGGGCCCGUGGACAAAAGAGGAGGAUGAGAAGGUUAUUGAGCUGGUGGACAAGUACGGCCCUAAGAGGUGGACGCUGAUCGCCAAGCACCUGAAGGGCCGCAUUGGGAAGCAGUGCCGGGAGCGUUGGCAUAACCACCUCAACCCAGCCAUCAAGAAGAGUGCCUGGACUGAGGAGGAGGACCAGAUUAUCUACGAGGCACACAAGCAAUGGGGGAACCAGUGGGCUAAGAUCGCGAAGUUGAUCCCUGGGAGGACGGACAACGCCAUCAAGAACCACUGGAACUCCACCAUGCGCCGGAAGUAUGAAGCGGAGAUGACUGCAGCAGGGAGGAAGAAGACCCGGGGCAGCACGGCAGGAGGGGCAGCAGGACGCCAGCCCCCCAGCAGCAGCAGCAGCAGCAGCCCCCGCCUCCCCAGCCUCACUAUGGACAAGAUUACUAUCACCUACUGGCAGUGGCCACCACCACCACCACCCCCCCACCACCACCACCACUCCCAGGGCCUGCCUCCCCCACCCCCUCCACCCCUCAAUCUGUACCCCACCAGCAGCAGUGCCAGUGGGGGUGGCAGUGGGGGGUACCAGGCUGCAGGAGGAGGUGGAGGGGGCACUAGUAGUGGUCCGGGGGGUCCUCAUGCCCCACAACAGCCCCACUCAGAGUACCACCCCCAGCAGCACCCCCACUAUGACAUGGGCCCCCCUCCCCCCUCCAUCACUGGGCCCGUACCUGUCAAGAACACGUCUCCUUAUGAUCGUGACACAUAUUCCCAGGGUUACUGGGACCAAAACAGCCCUUAUGGAGGCAGUUUUGGGGGUGCCUUAGGUCCCCCUGCCCCCUCCUCCACCCCAGUGCACCCCACCCAGUCCCCGCACUCCCUCCUCCAGCCGGGCACCAUCAUUGACAACAUGGGCAUGAGGGUCAAGAUCGAGGGCGAGGGUGCAUGCUCUCCCCAGAUGACCUCCCCGGGCAGCCUUGUGGGUCCUGGUGACUCCCCACAUCCUGGCCAGACAAUUGUCCAAACCACCACACCUCCCCCAGGUGAACCCACACCCCCGCAGCAGUACUCCCACUUCACCCCUCUCACCCCUCACCCCCACAACACACCCCUACCCCAGCAGCAGCAGCACCUUGUCCCUCCCCCGGCCUCCUCCAACUCCAACAGUCCCCCACUCAACCAAGGCUUCCUGCUCACCCCUGACAAGAGUGCUAUCUAUCAUGAUCUGGGCAUUAUCUCUCCUCUCAAGUACUUUGAAGAGCUGGGGUCCCUGUCGCCCUUGAAGCCAGACCGAGGCCUUGAGUCACUGAAGAAUGAGCUGGACAUGGGUGCCUUUGAGCUGCUCACCUGUAGCCCUGUCAAGAUUAAGCAGGAGAUGGCACAUGAAUUAGCAAACAUCAUUUCAGGCCUUCCUUCUUCAUACACAACUGCUUCCUCAUCCCCUCCAUCCACCACCUCCUGCUCCACCACUGCCACAUCCAUCAACACUAACCUCACCACCACUACCACCUCUGCCUCCAUCCCCAUCCCCUCCAGCCAGGCCCCCUCCACUUCUGCUGCCUUCACCACCACCACCUCCUCAGCCCUUAACAUCAGCAGCAGCAGCAGCAACCACCACAACACAUCCUUUGCCUCCCUCAACUCCUCCCGCCUGUCCACACCUCCAAUCUUGAGGCGUGGCAGGAGGAAGCAGCCCUCCCCCUCCAAGAGACACCUCUCGAUUCAGGAGAGCAACGACAGUGUGCUCACCACCCCACAGAAGGUCAGCCCAGUGCACACCCUCCCCUUCAGCCCCUCACAGUUCCUCAACAGCCCGAAUAUCUCCUUUGAAACCAACCUCACAUCCACCCCAGUCCUGCUCGCUGGCCUCCCAUCAUCCCAGUCAACACCAGUACACCAGCUGCCCUCCUCCACCUCCAACAACAGCACUUCUACCACCUCCACCCCGCCCAGUGCAGCCACAACAGCAGUGACCUCCGUGGCCACCUCUGUGUCGUCGUCAGCAGCAGGGCAGCCGAGGACACCGAAAUCAAGGCGUGCCCUGCUGCAGCCCACUCCCAAGACUCCCACUCCACUGAAGAAUGCACUGAGGGAGAUUGAGAAGAAGAGUGGGCCGCUGAAGCAUUUGCCACAGACACCCACCCACCUGGAGGACAUCACAGAGAUUAUCCGGAAGGACACAGAGAAGGAGCGCUCCAAGUUUGAGACCCCAGCCUCCGCAGGCACUGUCCCUCGUAACCAGGUGGGGCAAAAGCAGUCCAGCAUUUGUGACAGUGGUUACGGGACACUGAAACGCAAGGCUCCUCCGUCCUCCAACAACGCCGGGGGCAAGGAGAACUCCCCCAGCAAGAAGGCACGCAAGGCUCUCCUCCACUCCUGGUCCACCCCAGGGGAGAUACAAGUCCCAGGGUUCCGCUCCGAGCCUCUCGCACUCAUGCCCGAGACACCAAGCAAGAGCCUGAUUGGAGACUCGUCCGUCCUCUUCUCCCCUCCCUCCAUCAUCCGAGACACCCUUCCGGAGGAGACUCACCCUCUCAACUCCCCUUCAAUCCUUCCCGACAAGACCACCAAGAAGCCGAGCGAGCCAGUAAUUGGUUGCGUUAAGCGGAUUGCCUUCUCUGACGGCCAGACCAGCAAGGCCACCCUGUCCAAGCUUGAUGUACGGUGGGAGAUGGUGGCCUGUGGAAAGACGGAAAACCAGCGACGUCUGACAGAACAAGCACGCCAGUUCGUCACCCAGAACACGACACUCAAGCCGCGCUCCCUCAACCUGUAGAAGAGGAGUGUGAGAGCAAGAACAGCCACACAUGCAGGCAGGGAAGCAUGCAAGAGAAACACAGCAGUAGCAGGAGGUUGUAGUGAUGUGGCUCUGAAUACCCACUGAGAAACACAACAGUAGCAAGAAGCAGUGAUGAGGGUGGCUAUGUAAGUGCCCCUCUAGAAAUAAGUAGUAGAGGUUGUGUUGAUGGUGAUGUUUCACUGACAGAUGCCUUCCAUAAGCACACUGGGAAAAGCAUGGUAACAACAGCAGAGGCACAGAAGCAGCACCAAGAGGCAGUGAUUUUUGUCAUAAACACACCAGGAACUCUUACAGUAACUUAGACAGCAGUCAGACACACUGAAAGAGUUGUGAAGGAGUACAAUGUUGGUGUUAGUGGUCGACUGAGUGAGUGAGCGAGAGUUGGUAGUGCCUUACAAACACAUCGGAACCAGAGCAGGACUGACAAAAGGUUCUGAUUUCUGGUUCUAGUGAUGGGGCAGUAUAGUAUUAUCACACCACCAGUAUACAGUGUUGCUGGGGUGAGGGCAGUAGCUUGGAAAAGGUGAUGGUGUGUACUUAACUGAUCAUGAGUCCUAAUCUUGGGGUCUCUAGUGGAAUAUAUCCACCUUGUAGUGUUGCAGUGGUGUGAAGGUGUAGUGUUGUGUCUAAGGUCCCUCAAGUGUUGCUGUGUUCUGGUGUUAGCGUUGCACAUUGCCCACUGAUCGUACGACACAAAACACAAAAGAUUUAGAUUAAGCUUGUGGUUAUAGUCUAGAUUUCACCUCACAAGUACAAGCCAACACAUAAACACACAUAAACAUACAAAAUGAAGCAUCAGAACAAAAAAGGUAUCCCAUCCUGCUGUAUCUAUGUAUAUCCACUGUCUACUGUGUGUUAUGGAUUACUCUGCGUGCAUGUGUGUGUUCUUGCAGAUUUUAUGUACCGUUGAGAGAAGAAGAAAUGAAGAGAGAAGGAGGAAGAUAGAAGGAGAAUGAGGUGUAGAAGGAGGAGCAGAGGAGUAGAGCUUUGAGUACCUUAAGUAAGAGUAGUGUUGACUGGAUGGUUAGUUAGCAUAUAGCAAGGUUAGUGUUGGGGAUGGCGGUCUGCUGAGAUGCUGGGAUACGUGUGUUUGUGUGUGAGAGGUGUUCAGAUGCACUUCUACACUUCAGUAAGCUUGUGUUCGGCUGUGAUAUGUGCAGCCAGGGCAGUAUACUGACAAAUUCCGUUUAUCUGUCAUGCAUCACGUCGCUGAGUUAAAUAUUUGAAGCUGGGUGCCUGUUUCUAAAUGUGGGUCUAGGGAAGUAGCAACUACUAAUGCCCUGUGCGAGUCUGUCCCUUGCUCUCUUUCACUGUCUCUUGGGGUCUCAGUUUUUCUCUCUGUCAUCCAUUCACAAGUCUAUCUCUUUCGCUCAGCCUUGCUCUCAUACAGUCUCUUGUUGUCUCGGUUCUUGUCUCUGUCUCUCUGUUCAUCCAUUCACAAGUCUGUCUCUCUAGGCCUUGCUCUCUCUUACUGUCACUUGCAGUCUUGGUUUUUCUUUGCAUCUCUCUCUUCAUGGCUUCACACAGCACACAGUCCCUCAGCCUCAGCAAGCACCCCUGUCCCCAUUAGGGUGUACAUUUAGAGAAAGUCCCAGUUAUGAAACCAAAGGAUACAGGGCCCCAUUGAGGGAGGGUGGGAGGGGGGAGGGUGUGGGCUGAGGCAGGUCACGCAGGUUAGGCAGGCUUACCUCACCAUGUGGACAGAACAGGAUGAAGUAGCAGGAAGAGGAGGAGGAGGAGGAGAGAGGGGAAAUGAGUGGUGGUGAUGGUGGUGAUGACGGCACUGUGAGUGUUAUUUUUUGUUGUUUUUUCUUGCACCUUUUGCUGUUUUUACCUGCAGAGUUGAUAUUUUUUGAGGGCACUCCCUGGGGAAUAUAUUAUAUACUACUACACUAAUCAGUUUAACUUGGCGGUGCCCCGGGCUGGUGUCUUUUCAAGUGCGGGUGAAUACUACUACUGCAGUCUGUCGGGAAGUCAGCGGAGGUAGAUUAUUGUUAGUUUCUCGCGCACCCAAUCCAACCUGAAUGUUUUUUUAUAUAGAUUUUUUUAUUUGUAUUUAUAUUUUUAUUUCUAUUUUUUUGUACCUUGAGGUGGAAUGUUAACUUUUAAUGCAUUUAAUUUUUUAGGCUGCCCAAAAUUCUUAACUGAGUUUUGAGAAUCUGUUAUUAUUUAUUUUACUUAUCUAAUUUUUUUUUUUUUUUUUUUUAACUCUGGUGUAGUGAGUCUGGUGGUGUCUGGUGGAGCACGAACAAAGGUUACUGUAAAUCUGUGAAUGCAUGUAGUCGUAAAAACAAACAGACAAUGACUCUGUGUACUUUGUGUCCCGUGUCCUGUUUUUGUUUACUUGUAGUUGUUUGUGUUAUUACUCUAUUGAUCAUUCGCCAUCAGACUUGCUGCUUUUUAUUCUUUAUUAUUUCUAUUUAUUGUUUUCUCAUCCUUUUGUGUCACACGCAGUUCUUUGGUUUCAGGUUUUUAAUUUUGUCGGGCUUAUAAUUGUUUUAUUUUAUUUAUCUUUUUAUCCCCUCAAGGAGAACAUUGAAUAUGGCUUUAAUUUACAUCCCUCUCCUAAUACUAGAAGCAUCACUAUUAUCAUUAUUGUAACUAUUCUCCACACACUAUUACUUUUACUACUACAACUACCACUACAACAACCAAUACCGCUAUUAUAUUAUCAUUACUACUACUACUACUACUACUUCUGUGUAUCAUUAAUAUUAUGUGUGUGUGUAUAGCAUUUCAUAUAUAUGGCAUUGUGUAGUAGGUUGUGUAGAGUCUAUUGCAUUCAUUUUAUGUUACUUUAAAACAAACAAAAAAAUUAUACAACUGAAGAGCAUCACUGCACGCCCACUUCCCUGUGUCACUCACCCUUGUCGCUCAGUAAGUCGAAGAUGUAUAGAGUGUCUAGUGUAUUACCUGUACGUUGUGUCUCCCCUUUCAGCGGAGAACACAUUUUCAUUCCAAUUUGCUGCAGUGAAAUGUGUGCACUGAUUGGUGUGUUGGGGUGGCACACAAGGGUGGAUGUGCAGUAGUGCUCUGGAUAAACUGGUAGAGUAGUGUUUACCAUAUAAGGAGAGAAGAGAAGAGAGAAAAGAAAAGAAUGGGAGGAAAAUGAAAGAGGAGAGAGGAAAUAUCUUCAAACUUUGCCUGAGGGAGAAAAUAUGGUGUAAUUCUGUGGGUGGGCAAAGAGAGAGAGAGAGAGAGAGAGCUGUAGGGGGAGGAGACAGUGAGCGAUGCCGUGCUGAAAAAUCCAUGAAAUUGAAAUACUGUGGCUGAAGACAAAAAAAAAAAAAGGAAGGGAGAAAAAGAGAAAAGUACAUCACCAAAGAAAUUAAGAAAUUAAAUGUACAUAACACAAAGUGUGGAGACAAAUCAGCUGACAAAUCAGGGGGGAAAAAAUCUAUAUAGCAAGGCGUCCAUAGGAAAUCUUUGCUUAUAAUGACAUCGCAUAUGUUGCCAACGCCCACCCACACCUGAAAGAAAGAGAAGACGGGUGUGUGUUCCUGCCUCGAGUAGAAGCUGGAGACAAACGAAGGAUGAAAAAUGAAGUAAGGGAAGAGCUCUACAUAUAUUAACCCCUUGGAAAGAAAAUGAAAGGGAAUGUGCACACUGCAGGACCUGCCCCGAAUCAUUCCUUUACCCGCCCUGGUCAUGCUUGCUCCCAGGCUAAAAGAAUGUUCUGAGGUGCUGCGCUUUACGGAUUGGUGGUGUUUCUUUUAGGGUUGGUACACUCCUCUAUGCUUUAAGAGGCAGGUAAAGGAAUGGUUGUCCAGGUGGUUGGUUGGUUUGUGACCCCAGCAUUGCAGUUUAAUACCAAGUGCUUCUUUCCCAUGUUUAUUUGUUCAAGUGAGCUUGUAAUGUUUGUUUUCACCUAUAUAUGUAUAGCUUAAGAGCCAACUAUGCAUUCACCUCAUAUACACACGCCAAAAAAAAAAAGUAUAUACGUUUAUAUAUAAUUAUAUAUAUAUAUGUAAAGAAUUUUACAGUUACUGCUAUAACUACUACUACUUCUACUACCAUAUCUACUUUAACUAUUGCUAUUACUACUUUUACUACUAUUACUACUACUUUUAACUGUUACUACUACUUUUUAUUACCAUUUUUACAACUACUUAUAACUACCACUACUAGUACUACUACUAUUUUAACUGCUACUAUACUACUACUACUACUACUAUUACUACUACUACUACUACUACUACUACUACUACUACUACUAUGACUACCACCACAUUUAAUAAAAAUUAAGCAUUUACACCAAGUGGCAUUAGGAGCAGAGAGCUUUUCUUGUGUAUUCCCUAAACAAAAAAAGAAAAUUACUCUUUCUGUUGUUUCACUCAUAAUCAUCAUCAUCACCAUUACUACUGUUAUUAUUGCUUGUGCUGAUGGUAAUUAAUAGCAGAGAUUCUUCACGAGCCAGAACACUGUUACAGCUGCCUGACUGCAUCUAGACUUGAGAGAUGAUACAGAGACAAUAGAUGGUUGAGAGAUGUAGGUUUAUGCCAGCACCUCUUGGCUGUUUAGGAACUGUGAGUUGUCUUGUUACAGUCUCCAUUGACCACUGCAUAAGAAAAUAAGGGAAGUUGCAAGAAGACAUCAGACCUACACGUGGCAGUCCCUGUAUAUUAAACUUGCCUGACUGUAUCCACCCAUCCUCCUCAUCUCUAAAUUUGUGUAAUCUUUUAAAACUCAGCACUAACGACCCAAUCCCUAAGUCUGUACCAAUGCCACUCUAGUGAUUCUUGUAGGCCUGUAUGGGGUUGAGGUUGGAGUGAGGGUGAGAAUUAACUUAGUCAUCAUGAAAGGGUACAGUUUAAAUGUCAGGUUUUGAUAGUAUAGUAGUGAUGAUGGUAAUAGUGAUAAUGGUGAUGAUGAUGAUGGUGAUACUUAGCCAAAUAUGCAUUGAACAACAGUGCAUAUGUAACAAGGCACUAUUGAUAAGUUAGGUUUUCUCUCCUAGUCAUGACUGCAGAAACUCUCUCUCUCUCUCUCUCUCUCUCUCUCUCUCUCUCUCUCUCUCUCUCUCUCUCUCUCUCUCUCUCUCUCUCUCUCUCUCUCAGUAAUGGAAGUGAUAUAUACAAUUUCACUUUAUUUCAUGUCAUAGAAUACAUUUUCUGCUGUCAUUUUUUUGUUCAACCUGUUUUCAUUGCUAGUACGUAUUGUUGUUGUUUUGCAUCCAUUGGCUUAACGUGUGUAUGUAAAAAGUACUUGUCACCGUUUCUUCCCCUUUCACGUGCACAGAGUGGGUGUGGUGGUGGUGGUGGUGGUCUGUGUGCGUUCCGGCAGCUUUGACUUGGCACCUCUUCUCUCCUGAUGCCCCAGUUUGUAGCUUCCAGGUGAAAUAUUGAUAUUUAUUUGUACUGAUUUGACGGAGAAAGAAAAUAAUAAUAUAAAAAAAAUAAAUACUCCCACUUAAUUGGUCCUGAUUGAGAGCUGAAUAAAUAAAAUAAUGGC